AUGUCCAACCUCAGACGGUCUCGCCCGGAUGAACAGGACGAUUUACUUCGCAGACUACAGGAGGUAUCCGUGACACGACACAGACUAGACUCAUCAGACACUUCAUCGCCGUCGUCACCCCGCAGACUUCCACAGCUGAGUGACUGUGAGACCCAGAACACCUGCCACUUCUCACUUGCGGACUGUUCACCGUUUCAGGAUCCAUCAGAUCUGGUUUUCCUACCUGACGUGUCGCCCAAGUUGGUGUCUCCUGUGAGUCCCAGGCCUAGAACUAUUCUAAACUUGGACUUCAGUCGAGACGCCAGCUCGGCUGCCUCUGAUUCUGGAAGCAGUGACCCAGCGUCCCCAGACGUCCCCAACUUUCAGAGUGGGCAUUUCCAGCUGAGUUUAACAGAUGACCACAAAUGGGAAAAACUCCGCUCACUUCUCGUGGCGAUGAAAGAAGAACCGUUUGACGUCGAGGAGAGUUUGAAGGCAACAGUUGGUCCGUGUGGGAAGUCUCCAGACAAACUCAGCUCGCAAGAGGAGCUUCAAAUUGAACUGGCAGUAGUACAAGAUCUUCUGGAUGACAAGAGGAGGGAACUUGAGCAGAUUAGACAGGAGAGGGACGCGGCGUUGAUGUACAUUCACAGUUUAAAAGUGAACGGAAGAGAUUCCCUGUCAUCUGAUGAGCCUGGCAAGGAAGUCAUCGACUUGUACAAGUUGGGACUGGACAGUCUUAGGAGUCCGAGCGUUUCCAAGGACAAGGUGAUUGACUUGCUACUGCCCCUGGUCCGGGAACUGCAUAAACAGAAGGCAUACCUAGACCGACUGGUGACCGUGAUAUUGAUAAGGGCGCCCUGGAUCUUAGAAGAUGUUGACAACAUGGAACUGCCUGAUUGUGAGCCCCUGGAGUUCGAUAAGGCUGACGAAGGGAGAUGA